CUUGCCGUACUUGACAUUAGAGGAGAGACAGGAGAUUGGCGUGUUUGUGUUUGUAAUGUUUUUCUGGUUUAAUUGAAAGACACUGUGCUGAGAAUAAAGAUGGCAGUGUGGACUUGCAGACUGCUCAGACUAAGUGAUGCGCUGGUUUACAGAGCCACUGCGAUUCUUCCCCGCACCGGAGCAGGAACCUCACCGUUAGGCAGCAGUGUCCUUGUCCACUGUGUGAGGACGGCCAAGACGUCGACGUGGUGGGAUGAGCAUCUGACCGCAGAUAAUGUGGAGUUCCUGAAGAGGGAUGUGGCAGAGGACUACAGCAGGCUUACUGCGGCCAAACUCAACCCUCUGAAGGAUGAACCUUGGCCUCGGCACGAGUGGGAGGAACAGAGUCGGAGGGUUGGACUCGUGGCUGUGAAGCUGGGAAUGAUGCCCAUGUGGACCAAGUCAGGAGACCGACAUGUAGUGACCAUGCUGCAGGUGCAGGACUGUCACGUGAUCAAGCACAUGCCUAAAGACGAGUACGACGGCAGGUCUGCUGCUCUGGUUGUUGGUGCUAAAAACGUCUCUCCCUUUUAUAGGUCAGUGGAGUACCUGGAGAAGUUCCAGAAUGCUGGAGUUCCCCCCAAACAGAAACUGACCACGUUCCGUGUGACAGAAAACGCUGUCAUCAAGCCAGGCACUCCUCUGUAUGCUGCACACUUUCGCCCUGGACAGUACGUGGACAUCACAGCCAAAACAAUUGGAAAGGGUUUCCAGGGAGUGAUGAAGCGCUGGGGGUUCAAAGGUCAGCCAGCUACCCAUGGGCAGACCAAGACCCACAGGAGACCAGGCUCACUGGGGCCAGGAGGGGAUCCUGCCAAAGUUUUUAAAGGGAAGAAGAUGCCUGGCAGAAUGGGGAAUGUUUAUGACACAGCCUUUGGCCUGAAGGUUUGGAGGGUGAACACCAAAAAUAACAUCUUGUAUGUGAACGGCUCUGUUCCUGGUCACCGAAACUGCUUGGUGAAGGUACGAGACACGGUUCUUCCUCGACACCUAGAGAAGAACAAGAACCCUCCUUUCCCCACCUACUUUGCUGAUGGAGAUGAGGAGCUCCCUGAGGAUCUGUACACAGAGGACAUGUUUCAGUUUGGGGAACCUCUUCCUGAAUGAGGUCAUGAUCCCACACCUUCAUCCCUCAUUUCUGUUAUGACCCCUUUAUUCUGUGCUGCUGGAUUGAGAGAAUACACACUUUACAGAGAAACCAUGGACACUGGCUAUUGUUUGUAUUUCUAAACAUUAAAAUCCCUUUCAUACGA